AGAGCCACCGGUGCCACCUGCGGGACGGGGACCUGGGGCCACCGCGGCCACUGCGGCCACCGGAAGGUCACCCUGGUGUCACUGUCUCCAUUGUCACCCGGCGCUGGUGACGGCCUCCGAGGACGCCACCCUCAAGCUCUGGAACCUGCAGAAGCCGCUCGUGCCCAGGAAGAACGCGGCGCUGGACGUGGAGCCGGUGUACGCCUUCCGCGGGCACAGGGGCCCGGUGCUGGCGGUGGCGGUGGCGGCAGGUGACACCGGUGACACUGGUGACAGCGGUGGCGCGGGGCUGUGCUGCAGUGCCGGGGUGGACGCUCGGAUCCGCUGCUGGCGCCUCCCGGGGCUGGACAGCGACCCCUACGAUGGCUACGAUCACGGUGUCCCCACCUCGGUGACGUUCGUCCCCACCCACCCGGCCCAGCUGGUGGCCGGCUUCCGCUCCGGUGCCACCGUGCUCUACGACCUCGAGGCCACCAAGGCCACCCUGGUGUCCCCAAACGGCGGUGAGUGA